GCUACAAUGAGCAGCUUUUUAGACUACUCGGUGAUGAGCGGGGAAGGUGGCUCUUGUUCGGUCAGGGCUUUCCACUCGGACCACGGAAUUGCGACUUUCCAGUCCUGCGGGGCUACUGUCAACAACUGCGGGGCUGAUGACCACUUUAUUGCGAGCAGGACUUCCCCUGACAGCCUCCCUCACCAGCCGGGUUCAUACCAGCCCACCACGGGCUCUCUGGGUCUCUCCUACGGGGCCCACCCGGCCUCGGCCUGCAGCUCUGGCUAUGGACCCCAAACUUUCUGUGCCACGUACAACCAUUACACGCUCAACCAGGAAGUAGACUCUGCAACAGCAUUCCCCCAGUGCGGCCCUGUGAUGUAUGCGGGUAAUAUAUCCUCUUCAGUGGUCUCCCCGCAUCGCCAUGGUUACAGUGCCGCCCCCUUGGGUCAGCUGCAGUAUACCCACGCGGCCUAUGGCGGCGGGCACGAGCAGGCGCCCCCUUACCCCGGAGCGUCGAACCCGCUGUCCCCCCUGCAUGCAGCUCACCUAGAGGCGUGCUGUUCACCCCUGUCCGAGGGGGCUUCAUCCGCGCAGACUUUCGACUGGAUGAAAGUGAAAAGGAAUCCCCCCAAAACAGGAAGGUCUGGGGAGUACGGCUACUCUGGUCAGCCGAACACCGUCCGGACCAACUUUACCACCAAGCAGCUGACAGAACUGGAGAAGGAGUUCCACUUCAACAAGUAUCUGACCCGGGCGCGCCGCGUGGAGAUUGCAGCGGCGCUUCAGCUCAAUGAGACUCAGGUGAAAAUCUGGUUCCAGAACCGCAGAAUGAAGCAAAAGAAGAGGGAGAAAGAGGGGAUUCUGCCUGCGAAAGCUGCCAUCUCAGACGCAGGAGAGAGGAUUCCAGAAAAAAUGGACGAUGCCGCAUCUGAACGGUCAAUAUCGGCUCCAUCCACUCCCUCUCCCACAUCCUCCACGGUGUCUUCCACAGGGGCAGAUCCCUACACUUCCAACUGAGGACCAGUCGCCUCUUUACCUCUCUGGGCCACUGCGGGGCCUAUAAUGUAUGAAAACCAAAGUCUCUGUUGAUGGAUAAUAUUUGUGUGGACAUUAAAAAAAGGCAAAAAAAAAAAAAAAAAAGCUAAUGCACUAUUUGGAAACUUUGAAGUAUAACACGAGCCACUUCUUUAGAUCUCUUUUAUAAUGUGUAAUGUGUUUGAAAAUAGCACUGCUGUCCAAAAUGGUUGGUCAUGGUUUAGUGUAUAUUUGCUUUGGGAAGUUAGCGUAAAAUGUUUGCAUUGUGUUGAUUCAGUGCCAUCUUGUCACUCGCCCCUGACUAGUGCUGCUAAAUGUGCCAAAGUCAAUUCUGUACACACAAACAAAUACCUCAAACCGUGCCAAAGUUUUGCAUCUCCGCCACAGGAAGUCUGUGCACUGGAUGCAGUCAGUUGGGCAGGGCGCAAUCAGCGAGAUGAUCUCGUUUAUUAAUCGUUUGUGAGUGAUUUGUUAAAGUAACUCCUUAAUCACCGUCACUUCAGUUUCAGGUAUCCGUGCAUCGACUGUUUGAAUGUAUUGUGUGUGACAUUUGCAUGAUGCGUUAUACCCUCAUGUGUAAUGAGUGGGGCGCUGAGUUUUAUCAGUUGCGGAAGCGGUCAUUCACAGCUUUGUAU